AUGGCUAAAUCUCGUGGUGGUAGUGCCGGUGAUGGUGGUGAUGCAGCUGAUCGUGUUUAUAAUCAAAUUUUAACUGAAAUGGAUGGUAUGCGUGCAAAAAACAAAGUUUUUAUUAUUGGUGCUACCACCAGAAAAAUAAUUAUGCAUAAAGCUAUUCUUCAAUUAGAUCGUCUGGAUCAUCUUAUUUACAUUCCAUUACCAGAUGCCCAGGUCCAAUAA